AUGUCCAUCCCGACAUCUACCUCUGUUGUCGAGUCCGCCGUCAUCAGGGCGCCUCUCAGCCACGUCUGGCACCACAUCAAGCUCCAGAACUUCAGCCACUUCUGGUCGGCACUCAAGUCGAGCCAGUUCGUAAAGGGUGCUAGCGACGAGGCCGACAUCGUCCAGUGGGUAUUUGAAGACGGCACGAAGCUCGAAGUCAAGCAGGAGGAGCACAGCACCAUAAACCACUACAUCACGUACAGCGUUAUCGACGCCCGCCCGGAGCUCCCUUACUCCUCGGUCCUAUCUACUAUUCGUUGCUAUGCCGUCACCUCCGGCGAGUUUGAAGACAGCACUUAUAUCGAGUGGACCGGUAAUUUCUCUAGUGACGCCGACGCCGCCGUCAUUCAGGAUGCCAAGUUCAAGCGCCGCGAUGCGCUUGCCGACCUAGCCAAAGUCUCGACGAAGAAGUGA